AUGCGUCUCCCAGCCUCAGGAUCUGUCAGAGCAGUAGCUGCUGCUCUCACCCCCAACAGGCUGCUUCGUCAAACUUCACUGCAUUACCAACAGCAGCUGCAGCCGCAGAGAACGCACCGUAGGACAGCAGUGCGCCAUCCUUCUUUAGCUCGCCGCUUGCGCGCGGCUACCAGGAUCCCUUGCUUGGGGUGGCAGCAACCGAAGCAGCUGCUGGGCUGCAAUAGCUGCAGCAGCGCUAGCCGGUGUAGCAUCUUCAGGCCCUGCUCACCUACGCGUACGCAGGCAACUGCAAAGGGAUCCUCGUCGAACCCGGACCCAGCAGCAGCAACAUCUGCAACAGUAGCAGUAGAUGCUGCUGCUCACGCAUCGCUGUGCAGCAGAAUAACCGAGUUGAGUAGGGCCUAUUAUUCGGGUGAGGAGCCGAUGGCUUCUGAUGAGGAGUUCGACGCCUUAUGGCUUCAGCUGCGGAAGCUGGAACAGAAGUACCCUCGACUUCGCCGCCCAGACAGUCCGCUGCAGCGCAUUGGAGCGGGGCCCGCGGCGCUGCAGGCUGGGGCCAGGACGUCCGGUGGGAGGAAACGUUGGCGAGGAGGCACUUCGGAGGUUGAUGCAGUAGGAGGAGCAGCUGCUGCUGGUGCUCAUGCUGGAGGCUCCGGCGAGCCAGAACGCGCAGCAGCGCCGGCAGCAGGUGGAGCAGCAGCGGAGGCGUUUUCUGCAACGCUGCUAGUGGAGCCUAAAAUCGACGGGCAGAGCGUUUCUCUUACAUACCAGCUGAUUAGCAGCAGCAGCAACGGCGACGGAAGCAACACCAGCAACUGCACCGGUAACAGCAGCAUUCAAUGCAGCAGUAGCAGCACCAGCAACAGAAGAGGUAGCGAUACCCGCAAACAUGUAGCCCAAUAUCGCCUUGUGAGGGCAUUGACACGAGGUGACGGGCGGCGGGGUGAAGAUAUAACUGUUAAGGCGCUGCAGAUGGGGAGGAAAGGAUAUUUGCCCCUUGUGAUGGAAGUUUCAGCAGGAGUCACCCCAGAGACGACAGGAACAGCGACAGCAGCAGUAGCAGAACGACCAGCAGUAAGCGCAGGGACGUCCGUAUUUAAGGAUUGGCUGUGCUCCCUGCCCCAGCAAUUGGAGGUGAGGGGGGAGGCCUUCGUGAGUCUGUCAACUCUUUGGCUUUUAAAUCGCGACAGGAACUCAAAGGGCUUGAAGCCCUUCGCGUCUUCCAGGCAUGCCGUCGUAGGGCUGCUGCGCCGUCUCGAGACCGCCGGCAAAGAAGAUCGAGAUGCCGUCCGUUUUUGCGCAUACGGGCUUGUGGGGUCCCCGGGAGCUGUGCCUUCUGUACACCCCACUGAAAAAAAUGAGAACAGUAGCAACCGCGCAACAGCGAGCACUGCUGCUGCCACAGUUGGUGCUUUUGCUGCUGGUGUGUCUACUCAACUGGAGCUGCUGCAGCGGCUGCAGCAGUGGGGCUUUGACGUCGCGCUGCCACAUUGCCGUGUGGUGAAGAACCGAAGGGAGGCGCUCGAAGCGUUUGAAGAACAAAGCAGAGCACACGAGGUGUACGUCGCACAGCUGCAGGGCGUCCUCCGAAGAGGAGCUGCUGCUGUAACAGCGAGCGAUGUACCUGCGUCGACUCCGUCUGGAGCUACCCCCGUGUCAGCAUCUCCUUGUGGCGGCGAUGCUACACUUGCUGCUGCUUCAGCAGCAGCAGAAACUGCUACUGCAGCUACUGGUGCAGCUGCAGCGGACUGUUGGAGGGCUGCCAGACUGCCUGUACGGCUGGAAGACAUUCCGUGCGACGGUGUUGUGUACAAAGUGAAUUUAUUGCUGCUGCAGCAGCAGCUGGGCAGCACAGCGAGGGCACCCCGUUGGGCAUUCGCUUUGAAGUUUCCAGCCGCGGAAGCGUCGACGGCGGUGAUGGGACUGGAAUGGACUGUUGGAUCGUCAGGCGUAUGCACGCCUGUGGCAUUGCUACAGCCGGUGCUGCUGGGGGGUGUUUCGCUUUCCAGGGCCUCGUUGCACUCUCCGCAGGAGCUGCGGCGGAAAGACAUCCGUGUGGGAGACCGGGUGUACGUGCAGCUUAAGGGGGAAUCGGUGCCGCAGAUCGCAGCUGUCGAUCUGCAAGCGAGAAAGGAGGAGACGGUGCCUGCCUCCCUUCCCACGCACUGUCCUUCUUGCGGCAGAGACCUGAUAGAGCGGCCAGUCUCCACAGACAGAACCCGCAACCCAAGGCCCCGGCAAAGGAUGUCUGAGCCGGCAACAGAGGGGGCAGUUGCCGCUGGUGCUGCUGCUGCAGCUGCUGGACGGGGUGCGGCUGACCAAGAGCCGCAAAUGCAGGGAGUGCUGUGGUGCCCCGGGGGUUGGGCAUGUGGGUCGCAGCGGCUGCAGCGGCUUUUACGUUUCUUUUCGAGGGAGGGCGUUGCGGUCCCUGGGUUAGGGCCCCGCGUUUUGGAGUCCCUGAUUGCUGGGGGGUACGUAGGGGCCCCCAUCGACGCCUUUUACCUGGCCGAGCGCGACCGGCAGCGGGUGGCUGCAGGAGAGCUUGGGCUGGCAGACUGGCCGGGAUGGGGACCGCAGGCUCGCGACGCGCUGUUUAGAGAAAUAGAACAAGUACGUCACAGAGGCGUGCUGCUGCAACAGCUCCUCUUCGCUCUAGGGGUGCCGGGCAUGGGAAGGAAGGCAAGCGCAGCGGUGGCGCAGCAGGCCAAAACCCUGAGCGGCUUCCUCGCUCUCCUAGACAGCCUCCAGGUUCCGCACCAAACCACACACACAUUGCAAAUGCCCAAUACACCCCCCGACCCCCCACGUGAAGACGGCCAAAGGCUGCAGUUGACACAAAGAGGAACAUCACACAUUCAACCCCCUCGAAGACAACGAAGCAGGAUUACCAUUGCACAAGAGCAGCUCGUAGGCCCAUGCCAGCGUGGAACACCUGCUUCUGAGGGCCCCACGGAAGCUACAAAUGUAGUCGGGAGCCCCCUCGGCUUGGGCGUAAAUAGCGUUGGGGAUAUUGAGCCGGCCUUGUUGGAAGAGUUGCGAGUGUUUGCGCGGGAUGUGCGGAAUAGACAGCAGUUGCUGCAGGUGGCAGAAGCAGUGCCUGUGCACCCCGUGUCUGCAACGGGGAGAGACCCUCCGAAGUUGACCUGA